AAAUGUGUAUUUGUGUGUCCAGGUCAAGUGAUCACUGCAGGAGUUGCAGAGAUAUUGAACGGCUAUUCCUUGAAAAAUAUCCUGCGCAAAGUUCAGGGAGAGAAGCAGACUGUGGCUGCAUCAGACGCAUAUGAUGACAGUUACCUAGGGUACUCUGUAGCGGUUGGAGAGUUCACAGGUGAUUCUGAACAAGAACUGGUAGCAGGGGUUCCUCGAGGAGCGCACAACUUUGGUUAUGUGGCUGUGAUCAAUGCAACAAACCUGACGUUUAUUCAGAAUUUUACUGGGGAGCAGAUGGCCUCUUAUUUUGGAUACACCAUUGCAGUGACUGAUGUAAAUGAAGAUGGGCUAGAUGACGUGCUAGUUGGAGCCCCACUCUACAUGGACCGUGAGUUUGAGAGUAAACCACGUGAGGUGGGCCGUGUGUACUUGUACCUGCAAGAGGACGUGCUUCUCUUCUCCCCUCCCAUCACACUCACUGGAACGCACCUGUUCGGCCGGUAUGGAAGUGCCAUCGCCCCUCUUGGAGAUAUCAACCAGGAUGGAUACUCUGACGUGGCAAUAGGGGCUCCGUUCGCAGGUGAGGACCGUGGUGGCAGGGUCUUCAUCUAUAAUGGACAGAAAUCUGGACUGAUGUUACAGGCAUCUCAAGUGCUGAGAGGUGACUGGGCCUCAUCCGCCGUCCCAGCAGGCUUUGGAUUCACCCUGCGUGGAGCAUCUGACCUCGAUAACAACCAGUACCCUGAUUUGCUGGUUGGUGCAUUUGGAGUGAGUAAAGUUGUGGCCUACAGGGCAAGGCCAGUGGUCACCGUGAACGCUCAGCUGAUUUUGAUGCCCAAAAUUUUCAACCCUGAGGACAAGUCUUGCCGCAUGCCCAAUUCUGAUGACAUGGUAACCUGUCUGUCAGUUAAUGUGUGUGCUAAGAUCUCUGGAAUUGGUAUUCCUGAUUAUGUAGCUCUGACAAUGAACCUGCAGUUGGAUUGGCUGAAGCAGCGUGGAGCAGUUAAGCGAAUCUUGUUCAUGGACUCUCACCAGCACCAGAGAACCCAGCAGUUGGUUCUGGGUCAAGGGGACCGCCAACAUUGCCACAACUACUCUGUUUACCUGCGGGAUGAGGGAGAGUUUAGGGAUAAACUGAGUCCUAUCAGCGUGGCACUGAACUACAGUCUGGACCAGAAUUCCCCUCCACCUGGCCUACAGCUGCGGCCCAUUUUAGACCACUAUAGCAAGACCUUCCACCAUGAGCAGGCAAACAUCCUGUUGGACUGUGGGGAAGACAACAUGUGCAUCCCAGAUCUCAAACUUUCUGCUAAAAUGGACCGAACAGAACUUAUAAUCGGGGAUGACAACUUGCUUAUGUUAACCAUCAACGCCGCCAAUAAGGGCGAAGGGGCGUACGAGGCGGAGCUUCAUGUGACCAUGCCACCAGAGGCGGACUAUAUUGGUGUGGAGCGCAGACGUGAGGAUCUUCAGCGGCUGAACUGCGAGCACAGGACAGAGAAUGAUACCAGAGUUGUGGUGUGUGACCUGGGAAACCCAAUGGUGGCUGACACAAACUUGUUGGUGGGUUUACGGUUUUCUGUACAGCGGCUGGAAGAUGCCCAUCCUACUAUUGGCUUUGAGCUGCAGAUACACAGCUCUAAUAAGGACAACGCAAGAAGCGUCCCAGUGAAUUUGACUCUGAGCAUUGCGGCGAGAGCACAGGUGGAGAUCAGAGGUGUGUCUCACCCAGCUCAGGUUGUUUUGCCUUUCCCUCGAUGGGAACCCAAAGAGAAACCUGUGAGAGAGGGUGACGUCGGCCCUCAGGUUCAACACAUAUAUGAGUUACAUAAUAAGGGUCCAAGUUCAAUAAGCAGGACGGUGUUGGAGGUGGGCUGGCCCAGUCAGUACCGUGAGGAACACCUCCUCUAUGCCCUUCAGAUCAUCACUGACGGACCUGUACACUGCAGCGUCAACGGUUCCCUCAACCCACUGGAGCUAGAGACCUCCACUCUUCAGGACACUCCAGAAUUACUGGGCUUUCUGAGGAACAGCAGUGGUCCGACUCGCCAUAGACGAUCUGUUUCUACAGCCCAGAGCUACAGCAGCAAGACACUGAACUGCUCUAAUAUCAACUGCCUAAUGGUGGAGUGUGUCGUGGAUCGUUUGGAUCGAGGGCGAAGCGCUGUGAUCAAGUUCAGAUCCCGUCUCUGGGCUCACACCUUCUUACAGAGACGGAAUGACCACUACACGCUAAACUCCACAGUGUCCUUUCAAGUGACGGCCAUGCCUUAUCGCAUCAAAGCUGAUACACUGCCACACCAGACCAAAUCAAUCGGCACAUUUGUGGUGUGGGCCAUUCCUGACGUUUCCUUUGCCAUUCCCCUGUGGGUAAUAAUUUUGGCUAUACUGCUGGGACUGCUGGUGCUGGCUAUGCUUAGCCUGGCAAUGUGGAAGUGUGGCUUCUUCGAUCGGGCACGGCCACCCAAAGAUGACGACGUGUCAGACCGCGAGCAGCUGACCGCAGAAAAAUCCACAGAUGCGUGAGAGCAGAACAGAUGAGAAGGAUGAAUAAAGAGGCCAUGGGAUGAUUCUCCAUGAAGACAGUGGAGGAUCUGUGUUCGAAGGUUUCAGUAUCUUUGUAGAAGACUACAGAUCCAAGCCUCUAAAUAAACUACAGCUGCCACACUGGACUGCGAUCUGUGAGCUGGGCCACAGUACCACUCAGAAACUUUCAUAAAGCUUUAUUUAAAAUGGCAGAAGAUCAAGAACUCUUGAUAGAGCUGCAAUCUCCUCACUAUCCAAAGAGCCACAUUGCCAGUACAAGACUAGAGGCUGACCAAUACAAUGAUUAAGAUCUCACUGUCUGAUCAACUCCAUCGACUUCCUGUUAGGUUACGAUGAAACACAGUGAUUACUUCUGAGAAAUUUGUGUUUAACAUUAUCAAUGGAACUUAAUAUCAUAUGUAUUAAGUCACCAGCUCAGCACAAGAUCUGGAUCAUUCCACAAUACACUUCACAUUUUCUGAUAUUUCUUUUGUUUCAUAUUUAAAUAUAUGACACCAAACAGUUUAAAGUGUUGGCAUCCAUGUUUCAUGUUUACAGCAGAGAGAUGCUAAAACUGUUUAUGAUUAUUACUAGAGCAGUCUUGCAGUGUUUUAUAAAUGGCCAUUUUUUACAGAAUGUUUAAAGAAAUUAAAUGUCACAUACUGUAUACAAAGUUUAUUGUACAGUAUAGAAAUCAUUUGUCACCUACAGUACAUUAUGGAUUGGCAAUUAAAAAGAAACCAAUUUUACAGAUAAGAAUGCGGCUUAUUGAUAAUGAUAAAGGUGUAGUGGUAAAUUCUGCGAUCUGUGGCUGACUAGAAUCGUUAUUCUUAAAGAGCUGGUGCAUUGCAUCAUGUAGUUUCACAGCAAAGCCUCAUAUGUCUACAUGCCUUGUCAAUGAUUGUACUGAUUACAUAUUGAAGCUUGUAAAAUAAUUGCUCAGUAAGUACAAAGAUGGGGGAGGGGGAAUUAAUAGAUAUUAAUUACAUGUGCAAUAAUGGGACAUUUUUGAGUUGAUCAUUUGUGUGUACACUGGCUCCAAAAUGUUUAAAACCUGAGGUUCAGGUUGUUUUGUAUAUAAAGUUAAAAUACAUAUUUGUCAGGCU